AUGCAAGAAUUCUGGGCCACCAACGGCUAUGCCCCGGAGUGGCCUAUUCCGCACAGAGAAAAGGGUCCCCAAGUUAUGCAAGAACAGACAAUGUCAAUAGUACAAGAGAAACUCCACACUCCCAUGUACUUCCUGCUCAUCAAUUUGUCCUUAGUGAAUCUGUUUUCCAUCUCAAUUACAACUCCAAAAUUGCUCCAGACUCUUUGGACCCACAGAAAGACCAUCUCUUUUUAUGGUUGCAUUACACAGGUAUUUUUAUUCAUAUGGAGCUUGGGAACAGAGCUUUUAAUCCUCUCAUUUAUGGCUUUUGACCGUUAUGCUGCUAUUUGCCAUCCUUUGCAGUACGCAGUCAUCAUGAGGAAGGAAGUGUGUGUUGGCAUAGCCAGUGGACUGUGGCUUGCUGGGAUGGUCAAUUCUGCUGUUCAUGCUGGAAAUAUGUUGAAGCUUUCCUUCUGCAAGUCUAACAUAAUUGAACAUUUCUACUGUGAUCUUCCCCCACUUUUAAAGCUCUCAUGCUCUGACACCAACCUGAAUGAGAUGAUGAUUUUUGUGGCAGAUGUGAUUUAUGCGGGUUGUAGCUGUGGGUUAACGUUAACAUCUUACUGCUUCAUCCUGAGAGCUAUCUUCAGAAUUCGUUCCACUGAAGGGAAGAUGAAAGCUUUCUCCACAUGUUCCUCCCAUCUCACUGUAGUCAGUUUUUUCUUCUUUUCAGUCUUUUACACAUAUAUAAGGCCCAGCUCAGACAACUCUCUAGACCAAAACAAAUAUCUUUCUCUCCUUUUUACAGUGGUAACGCCAGUUGUUAAUCCACUCAUAUAUUCUCUGAGAAACAAAGACGUAAAAGAGGCACUUAAGACAAUUACUAGAAGAUUCAGACUGCUCCAAAGACCUGAAGUUUGA